AGUUUAGCUUCGACCGUGCUUGUGAUAACAUCGAAAAAUGAAACUUUUAUUUCUAUUGUUGUCAUGUGCAAUUUGCACUGCAAAUGCGAUUCAGCCCUUGAAUUGUAAUAUCAGAAACAAUAUUACAUUCACACCUGUGGACAGAGAAAUAAAGAUUUGUGAUUUUAAGGAAGUCAUCUUUGAUCGCAAAAACAAGCUUGUCUUUAAUGAAUCUACAAUUGAUAUGGAGUUUGAACCUUUGCGGAUUCGAUUUUUAGAUUCUUAUCUACCAGAAAUUCCGAGCGAACUUUUUGACACGUUCCGGAAAGUGGAAGUUUUGGAAAUCACUCAUGCUGACCUGAAAUUCCUUUUUCCUCGUUCAUUGCAUCGUGCUGAGCAACUGAUAUCCUUCAAAGCCAACAAUAAUAAAAUUCAAAGAGUUCCCCAUUUGAUGUUCAAAGAUACACCGAAAUUGCAAUUCUUAGAUUUGAGCUCGAAUUCAAUUUCACAUGUGAACGGUGGUGCGUUUUCUGGCCUUGAAAAUUUGAAAGAAUUAGGCUUGAGUUUUAAUCAGAUCGAUAUACUAGAUGAAGACACUUUCAAGCCUCUCACAAAUCUCACAUGGAUUUGGUUAGAUCAUAAUAAAUUGAGAAUUAUCUCUGCCAAUCUUCUCAUGCAAAGUUCAAAGCUUAAAGGAAUUUAUUUGAAUGACAACAAAAUCUCUGCUCUCUCGCCAGUUCUCUUUGAUCAUCUUCCAGAAUUAAGAUUUCUUUAUCUCGCUGGAAAUAAUUGUACAAACAGGAAUUACUUGAGUCACACGAUUCCCAAUAAUUCGAAUAUCAAGAAGGAUUUGGUGAAAUGCUAUCAAGAAUAUCGAACGGUAAUUCCCGACGAAGAGGAAAAUUUCAAAGAAAAAAAUAUUCUUGACAAAAGCGAAAAAGCAGUGGCUGCAUGUGAAUCCGAAAAAGUAAGUUUAUUGGGACGUUUAGAGACCGCACUUCAACAAUUGGGAAAUAAACAAAAGAAUGGAAAGUAAAACUUUUCAAGUUCACAACAACAAAUGACGUAAAAAAGAAUUACUUGUUUAUUUCUAUUAUUAUGAUUAAAAACAUACAAUUAAGUUUCUUUCUUGCGCUGCCAUAAAUAAUCUAAGUCUAAUAAUCAUAAAUAGGUCAAUUAAGAAGUUUCUCUUAGAUUUAUUCUAAAUGUAACUUUGAAAUUAUAUUUAGAUCAACUGCCAUAUUAAAUAAUCAGACUUUGACAUUGGAUGAUCAUAAAUUUCAAUUGACUUUGAAAAAUAGAUCGGAUUAUCUCAUGAGAGAGCAGGCAGAUGCGAAGUGGAAAUUUAAUGUUUGCAAAAUAGAUAUUUUAAUGUUAUCAUAGGGAAAUCACACAAAUGAUGAGUGAAAAUUCAUUUAUGAAAUAUUAAAAUAAAGUUCACAUGACAAAAUACAAAAUUUUAUUUUCAAAAUGUAUAACACUUGCAAAAACAGUUCAAAUAAACAAUUUAAUUUAUGACACUCGACUGAUAACCUUUUUUCAUAUCACAUUAAUUAAUGACAUGUUUUUAUGAUGUU